CGUUGCUAUGGCGACCGCGGCGCGGCUGGAUCUGGGGCGGCUGGUGCAGGAGGCCUCGGCGCUCGCGGCCGUCGUGCGCGGCUCUCUGGGGCCUCAAGGAGGGCAAGUCCUGCUCACCCGACCCACGGGGGAGGUGCUGUUAUCUCGGGAUGGGCUGUGCGUACUGGAGGCCUUGAACGUGGGCUCGCCAACAGCCAGAAUGAUGAUAGCUUGCAUUUCCACACACUGCAAUUCGAUUGGAGAUGGUGCUAAAACAUUCAUCGUCCUACUCUCCUCUUUACUUCAAGAACUUCAAAAACUUGGUAAAGGAGAUUGUGUUCCCUUUUGUGAGAAUAUCCAAGGAAGAGAGAAACAUAAAGAAACCUCUUACAGAUUGAAGCAAGUUUCCCAAUUUCUUAUGAUGAUUCAAGCAGAUGUCCUGGACCCCAUAUUGACGCAGGACCUUGAAAAGCAUUUCCUGUCAGUCUUUUCUGUUCCUGAUGCUGAAAUAAGUAGGACCACGAUGGGCUUGGUAUUGGAAGCUUAUUUUUGUGGGAAAGUAGGAAAUAACAGACAAAAGUUUCUUUCCCAACUGACCUAUAAUUUCUUCUUCAAAGUUACAGCUAACAAAAAUAGGAGUGAAGUACUAUGUUUGGUAGAUGAAUAUUUUGCUGAGUUGCAUACUAGUGUGACAGGCCUUCCUGUUUCAAAUUCAAGGAUCUUAGAUGGGCUUGUCCUUCACAGAGACUUUACUAUAUACUGUCCUACAGAUGGUGACCAAAGAGUUCUAAUUAUAACAGAAUCUAUCCAUGGUUCUCUUUCUGAGUUGGGUGUAGAAGUUGCAUUAAUGGCGGAAAGUCAGUAUAAGGCAUCUGAAAUCUGGAUUGCAGAAAGAACAGAAGCUCUUAUUAAGCACAUGCAGAAUAAUAACAUAAAGGUAUUAUUGUCGAGUGUAAAACAACAGGAAAGUGUUCAUUACUGUGCAAAGAAUAGUGGCAUAUCUAUUGUAGAGUGUCUGUCACCAGAGGAAAUCUCUCUUAUUUGCAGGAUCACUGAAAUACCACCUUUUAGGCCAUCUUUGGACAAUACUGGCAAUGAAAUCACCAAAACGGCUGUUGCGAAAUUUUGCCAGCCGUUACAGCUUGGUGCCAAAAGAUUUGUUCACAUUGGCUUUGCAAGGACUUGUGCCCUUCAGCUCCACUGUGUGAUUUUCUGUGGACCAGUGCUUGCGGUUACUGAGCAACAUGCUUGUGCUUUUCAUGGAGCAUUCAAAAUGCUACAACAAAUGCUGACAGCCCUUCAUCUGACUAAGCAUUGUAAAUCAAAAUCUGAAAGUCAAAGUCUUUCAGAAGCUGGGGGUAGUAGUUCAGCUGUGCAGCAGUGUUUUGUGGAGGAUCAUGCUGGUUGUAGUAACGUUCAGGCUAGUACCAAGCAGCUGAGUCCUUGUGGGUUUAAAUCUGAAAAGCUUUGUGUAGCAUCUACUCCAGUGGAAGGCAAAGAGUUAGCAUGUUCAUCUGUGGAUCUGCAUAAAUCCUAUGGCAUUCCCAUGCCCAAUCUUGUUUUGCAGCAUGAUGCCAUGUGCUCAGUACUACAUGAAAGUGAAAAAGCUUUUGUAAACCCACUAAAUCGAUCUCAGGAAUACAAGUACCAGAAAGAAAUGUUGAAAAUAGCUGAAUAUGAGUUGCUUGAAGAUAAUCAGCUUGAGGAAAGCACUAGUUCCAUAAAUAUACCUGCGCAGCUACAAAUCGGUGAGAAAAGGGAAGCGCCACAGCCUGGCCUGGUACAAUUGAAUAAAAGCAGUAUUCAGAGUAAUUCCAACUUUUACAUAAAGGCAGGAUCAGUUGUGCCAGUAGGCGGGAUUUUUGAGAUCCUAUUACAUUAUUAUCUGUCUUACUAUGCAAAACAGUGCCAAUCACCAAACAUGUCAAUUGUUUGUACUCUAAUUGCUGAUGUGUUGCUAAAUGUUCCAAAAACCCUCUGUAGGGCACAGGGAAGGAAUGCUUUUCCUCAGCUCUAUCUCAAAGUUACCAACGCCCUCAGAAAUAAUCAACAGCUUCAGCCAAAUCAAAAAGGUCUAGAAUCUGUGUCUUGUAAGUACCAAUUAUUGGUUUCUGUUCUUCAGUGUGCAGCUACACUCCUUAGUAUUGACCUAAUUAUUGGCAUUAAAAGGCUGCCACAAAAGGCUGAAGAUAGUGACUCAGAUGUUGAUCUGUGAAGCCAGGCUUCUUUUAAGCUAGUCAUGUAUGUAUGUUGGUGGUUGCUAGAGCAAGCUAUUCCUUAGUCCUGACUCCUGCACGUUUCUUGAAUUCCACAAAGUAUUUCAUGCUGAUAGAUUGGGCGUAAGUUUAGACAAGGAAAUGUAACACUUUUAGGCUGCAAUCCUUUACCCACUCACGAGGGAGUAAGUCCCUUUGAACUGCAUGGGAUAUACUUCUAAGUAAAAAAAAAAAGUAUAGGAUUGCACUGUUGGAAUAAUAUUGACUCUUGUGUGGGUUUGCGUUAACAAAAAAGCUAUUAAGCAGAACAUAACAAUUUUAACCACUUACAUUAAAUCUUAGCUAUACAGAGGCUGGCUGCACCUUAUGCUUACCAUUUGAUAGCACCCUAUCAUAUCAGAGUGCUGCCUGUGAAACUUCUAGAGAAAGCUGGAGGGAAUUGAUAUCACACACUUAAUGAAGAAAGAGUUUCUGAGCUCUGUGUAUCUCCUCUCCUUUAGUUGCUAAUUCCCCCCCCCACUCCUUUCAAACUAGUGAAAAUUAGAAGAGAGGGAAGAAUAAAUUGCCAUUAUUAUUAUUAUUAUAUUUAUUUGUAUCCUGCCUUUUGCCCAAGGCAGCCUUACAAAGUUUAAAACAUACAUUGCGGGGGGAGGAAACAAAACCAUAAAUGUUUAAAACACACAACAAAAUUAUAAGACAUUAACAUAGAUGGAGGGCCAGAUUAUUUUCCAAAGGCCUGCUGGAACAAACAAGUUUUAGCCUGCUUCUGAAAGCCCAUCAAGGAGGGAGCCAGCCUAGCUUCCCCGGGACGAGAGUUCCAGAGCACUGGAGCAGCCACCGGGAAGGUCCUCUCCCAUAGAGAAAGGCAGGCAGCAGCUCCUAUUCUACUUCUUCCUCCAGCUUUUUCUAUUUGUUGGUGCGGGAGUCUUCAGAAUUCCUGAUAGAGCUUCCUCAAGAGUUGUAACUAGGCUCAUUUAAACUUCUUAGAGGAAUCCACAUCUGUUCCUUGGCUACCUCAUAAGUUGCAAAAUUUGAGCUGCAGAACACAACUUUACUUACUGUAUCAAUGCAUUUUAUCUUGGAUAUCAGUAUUUUUUAAAAGCAACAGACUGGAUAUUUUCUAAUUUAUUGUUCCAAAAUGCUGCCUGACAUAAGAUUAAAGACCUUUCUGGGAAUAAAAGGACACUUUGCUGCUUAGGGAUAAUCACCUGAAACAUACAACUUUGAUUUUAGACUUGACUGGUAUUAUAUCUGUUCCAGCUGCCUAACUUGUAUUCAUUCAUUAAUUUACUAAUUUGAAUGAAUCACCCCGAUAGAAACAUGAAUAAUUGGAACGUGAUGAAGUUAUUUAUGCAAAUAAGAGUAUAACUAUAGAACUGCCCCAUUAUUUAACAUUUCAUUCUGAUAGCUUUCCAGAGCUGCAAGCAAACUCUGAGUCAGACUAUCAAAGUCAUGGCGGUGGUGGGUAUCUUGAGGUCAAGUAUCAAACAUCUAACUUAUAUUAACAUGUUUACUGUCUAAUACGUAAGGAAACUUUUAACUCUAAGAUGCUGCAUGCCACUUGAAAGUGGGCACCUGAGUACUAGAGUAAUUCGGAAAGCAGAGAGAAGGACUUAAAAAUGAAGUUUAUUAAAAAUUAAAGCUUAAGAAAGGUUAAGCUGUUAAUUUUGAAGGUUUUAACAUAAGAACUAGUAUUAAUUGGUUAACAGUAGCUUAAGAAUUAGCCUUCCUAGGUGUUAUGAGCCUUGUCAGUACAAUCCAGUUACUACAUUGCAAUGGGGUUUGAGUGCUUGGCAAUAAUUAAAUAAACCUCUGGUUUUUUGAGACAGCAUGGCUGAUAAGGAAAGGAUCCACUGUAGAAGUUCCCAAGAUUACAAAAGUAUGAAACAAAGCAUUCCCUCCAGUUUGCUCUUGUCCUCGCUUGGAAAAUGAUUGCGUAUUUGUCAUGCUUGGUUCAGGAACUGGCACCGGGGAAACAAAAGAAUAGACGCAGCAAGAUCUGAACAGGUUUAUUUAGAUUUAAUAUAUUAAGCCCCAUUAGAUGCAAUCCACAUACCACUUACUACAGAUUGCUCUCACUAAAGCUAAUGGUAUUCAUCUAGAGAAGCUUGCCCUUAAAUUGCUGUUUCCACCAACUCUUCAGGUAGAAGAUAUGCAUUAUACCUAUUUUGUGGUUUUCCCUAUCUGACUCAGGUUUCAAAUCAUGAGUAUUUAUUCUAAAAAAUUCAUGAAGUAACAGCAUCUCAUGCUUGUAAAUCACCACCACUCAAAACAUUGCCUACAAAUGGCUAGUUCUGACCUCAAAAGAGUAAAUACAUAAUGGAGCAUUAUCUGGCAAAUUACUAAAAUGGGUGUUUUGAAAUAUGUAAUUUGUGGACAUCGCAGUAAAUGUAUUUAACAGCCUUUUUAUAGCCUGUUUUGAAUGUCUAAACCAGAAACAUGGCAGUAAACCCCACAACAGCCCUGUGAGUACCACAUGGAGGCUACUUUAAAUUGCUCUGCGUGGUAGCUGUUUUCAUAUGGGAAGCCGUUUGUUUUAAGCAGUCAGAUUUUCUCCAUUCUGCCCAGAACUUGAGCACUUGAUACUGUGAGAAGAUUGGACCAAGCACAUACUGUAGUGAGCUGCUCCGCACAAACAAUUCAGUGGUGGGUUUAAGCACAAUUUUGGGAUGUGGCUGCCAUGUGGCUUUUGUGUAGCAAAACCUUACCAUAGACCUUAAAAUAAAUAUUGCUAAGGGAUUUAAAUGGACAAGGAAUUUAUUUUAAGCCAGGCUUUAUGAUGGAUAAUUUAUGGUAUUUUUGUUAGUUUAAAAGUGCAGUCCUUUGUGUGUCUAUGCAGACGUAAACCCCACUGAGUUAAAUGGGACUUACUCCCAGGAAAUGUAUGUAUGGGAUUGCAGCAUAAAACAGGCUCAUUCAGUAGGGGGGGGUCAACAUUCACUCCAAAAUGAGAAAGUUCUAUUUUCUUAAAUGAAUUC